GUUGCUCAGUGCCGCAAGCAUGUCUAUGCAGGACCGAGUGCUUCUGAUGCCUGCAAUUGCAAACAGACAUGCGUUCCUGUGGAACAAGAAGGUGAUUCAAUCUACAGACUUUGAAGUUGUCUUCGCAAUUUCUGGCAGCCUCCCGCGAAACACGCAACAGGAUGGAAGUCUGGCUUUCUGGAUGGGCACGGAGGAUUGCACAAAGAGUUUCAACGAGAAGGCACUGGUGGAGAAGGUGCUGCGUGAUAGGAACAUGGAUUGGAAAGCGGGUUUGAAAGAGCUUGGAUACUCUGACAACGGCUACAAGCCAGACUUCAAGGGAAUUGCCGUCGUCUUCCUCCCGUUUGACCAGGAUCGGAAACUCAGGCAGACGGUGGCUGCCGUGUUCUCGGAUGGGACUCGGCCCAUUCCAACGCCUCUGGAAGAUGUACUGAAGGACUCCAGGGCAACGGUUGUGACUAGCGACUGGCUGCCGGACAAGAACACGGUGAAAGGAACCUUUGUCCUUCAGCCUGACAAUACGCUGAGUUGGAAGGGUCAUCCCAACUCUGGACGAUGGAACGUGCUCCCAGGUGGAAAACUCAACAUAACCCUAUUCGAAGCUAACUUCGUUCUGCGUCUCGAAGGUAACCGGGCGGUGCAAGAGCUCCCCGACUUUCCCGUCCGAGCAAUAGCUUAUCUUGGUGGGCAGGAAGUCGAGGACGAGCCAUGGCAAAAGCUUGCGAGCUUCCCUGCAAAGACCCUCGCAGUGCCCGUGCCGAACAUGUUCUAUGGCUUCACAGGUUACAGCGGCACCAAGUUCGGUAUGGAGGUGAACCUGAACUACUUGGGCACCUUCAACCAUGAUCCGCACGUGGUCGGAGAGGACGGCUUCAGCAUUGCCCAGUCACAGCAGUGGAAAGAGGCCCUGGCCGAUGAAGCUCGGUUUAUCGAUCGGGUCUCGCAGCGUGAGGCCAUCGAGCGCUUGACUAAGCUCCUUGGCGACCACGUUGCCGAAGAAGGAGCCCUGGAGGAAGCGAUCAGGUCUGACCUGGUGACUUUGGAUGGUCGCCUGGAGCACCUGAGUGCGGACGUCGGCACCUACUUGGCAGCAACCGAGGCUUGGUCCCCAGAAGAUGGCCAGCUUCAUGCAGAGGCCAUCAAGAAUCACCUGGGCAAGGUCAAAACCCUCCUGACGACGGGCAAGGAGGUCAACGAGGCAGCGCUUCAGCAGGCCCGGGCUGCUGCAUCGCGGCUGAAGGACACUCAGAACAAGAGGAUGGCGUCAGCAGAUGCCAAGCAGAAGGUCCAAUCUGUUGUUGAUCAGUCGCAGACGGUCAAGGAUCAUGCCGCUGCAGGUUCUUCUCAGAGCCAGCUGCUUUUCGUUUUGAUCGUAGUUUGCGUUUCGGUGCUCGGCGCCAUGUUCUUCAACAGGAUGCGAUACUACGAGAAGAAGCACUUUAUCUGA